CAGUGGAAGGUUUUCUAUGAAGCAGGCCUCUCUUGGUUUGGCAUGUUUUUCAACACCAUCACGUUCAAUGCUUUCAAUCUUUUUUGCUUGUCAGCAUACAAAGGCUUAUUUUCUGACGCACCUCUUAUGGAUUUGACAACCUUUUGAAUUUGUCAGAAGUUUGGAACCCUGAAACAGUAGAGUGGAGUUUGUUGCCUUCACCCUUCCACCAUCAAAUCCAGUACCAGAAGACAUCAACGUUCUGUCCUUCCCUCAUCUAUGGAUGAGACUGCGGCGGCGCCAGUGGAGGUUGUGCCAGAGGCCCCCUCCGAAUCUUUAGGCCGGAAAGACAACGAGGCCGAGUUGAUGCAAUAACGUUUCCCGGUGGGUUUUGGACCAUCGUCGAACAGGUGUCCAAGAUGGGCUCCGCACUGCGUUAGAAUGACUUCCUGCGGAAGGUAUACACGCUCCUGAGCUUGCAGAUCCUUUUGACGACUGGCACCUCUGCCCUUUUUAUGUUCUCUCAAACCAUCAAGGAGUUUGUCCAUGCCAGCCCCGCUGUUGUUUUGGGUACAGCUUUGGGCUCCCUGGUCCUGCUGUUGGUCUUGGCGAUUUACAGACACAAGCAUCCCGUCAACCUCUAUCUGCUCUUUGUAUUUACUUUACUGGAGGCAGUCUCUGUGGCCACAGCCGUGACCUUCUAUGAAUACUCCACUGUGCUCCAGUCCUUGUUCUUGACUUGUGCUGUGUUUGCUGGACUGACUGCCUACACCUUCCAAUCCAAGAGGGAUUUCACCAAACUUGGUGCAGUUCUUUUUUCCUGCUUGUGGAUUCUCCUGAUAGCAAGUUUUAUGAGGGUGUUUUUCAACAGCGACAGCACAGAAUUGCUGUUCGCCGGGACCGGGGCGCUGAUCUUCUGCGGCUUCAUCAUCUACGACACCCACCUGCUGAUGAAGCAACUCUCCCCCGAGGAGCACAUCCUGGCAUCAAUCAACCUCUACCUGGAUAUCGUCAACCUCUUCCUUCACAUUUUACGUAUCCUAGACUCGAUGAAGAAGCACUAAAUUCAUUCUCAUAUCAGACUGUGUGUGGUAAUUUGAGGGCAAGUCUGUGAUUUAUGUAUUAUGGGUGCUUGCAGUUUGUUCUUUGCUGUUAUUUUACUCUCAAAUUUGGUAUAGAGGUACUAGUAGAUAUAUGAUUGUAUCAGUAAAAAAAAAAAAACCUUUAUGCUCUAUUCUGAAGGGUUUUAAAUAUAAUGUGCUGUAAUCUGUGAGAUGCAAUGUCUUUACAUGUGUGCCUGUUUUGAAAAUCAAUUUAAAUGCUCUAUAUGAAAAAUGUUUAUGUGCAAUUUGCAUCAUGCAGUAUUGUCAGAUUACAUUCUUUACUUGCACUACUGUAUUAAUAUCGUUCACUUAAUAAAUCCGUACCCUACAUUGA